AGUUUAAGCAAAUGCGGAAGUACGCACAAGUGAAGCCUCUUGUCUUGCUAGAGUUGCGAAGAUACGUUAGCUUAAAAAAAACUCUGGGAAAUAAGUGAGUGGCUGGAUGCCAUUUAAUAUCUGGACAUAACCAGUACAGAGUCCUCUUGUCUCAGAAAGAGACCUUCAUCAUGUCGAAUAUGGAGAAACACUUGUUUAACCUCAGGUUUGCUACCAAGGAGCUCCAACGCAACUCCAAGAAAUGUGACAAAGAGGAAAAGGCAGAGAAGGCUAAAGUGAAGCAGGCUAUCCAGAAGGGCAACAUGGAGACGGCUAAGAUCCACGCAGAGAAUGCCAUCCGUCAUAAGCAUCAGUCCAUUAACUUCUUGAGGAUGAGCGCACGUGUCGAUGCUGUGGCUUCAAGGGUGCAGACUGCUGUCACUAUGAACCAGGUAUCUAAAUCCAUGUCUGGAGUGGUCAAGUCCAUGGAUGCCACACUGAAAACUAUGAACUUAGAGAAGAUCUCUGCAUUGAUGGACAAGUUUGAAAGCCAAUUUGAAACGCUGGACGUGCAGACAGCUCAGAUGGAAGACACGAUGGGCAACACCACCACUCUGACAACACCCCAGAAUGACGUGGACGCGCUGUUGCAUGAGAUGGCUGAUGAAGCAGGGUUGGAUCUCAACCUGGAGCUUCCUUCAGGCCAGAUCUCCUCCCUGGCUUCAUCUGUGGCAUCAACAGAGCAGGAUGAGCUCUCCCAGAGGCUGUCCAGACUGCGAGACCAGGUGUCAUAACGGUGUCGAAAAUAACAAGACCGGGGAGAAGGAAAAGAGCAGGAGAAGCAAGAAGAGACAGGGAGU